AAGAUUGCCGGCACUUCACAUGAAACUCGGGAGUUCGGGAGCAGAGAAGGUGAGCGGAUUCAGUAGAGUGAAGGAGGAAGGAGGAAGGAGGAAGGAGGAAGGAGGGAGGAAGGAGUUGGGGUGGAAAUCCUGCUAGCUUUUACCUCUAUGAUGCGCCGCUUCUAAUGAGAUCAACUGGUGAUGUCUGAUCUGUUGCUCGUUUCUUGGGAGAGCGGAAAUGACGCGACAAUCGUUAGGAAUCCGCUCGUGGUGUUAAGAAUUUUACUAAGCUUAAGUGCGACUGUUUUGGUCUGUGAUCUCCUAUCUUAUCGGCAUUGUUGGAGGUUUUUUCUGGUAGUUGAUUUGGUUGAGGGAAUAGUUAGUCAGUUGAACAGUGGGGCUGGAAACUAGGUUUUAAUUUCCGUUUUGUUUUGACACGCGGAAGAGGAUGUACGAUGGGUGCAGUUGAUGCUUACUGCUGGACUCCGCGGGGGGUGAUCGAUGAGAGAUGGAUAUGGGUCUUCGUGGAAGUGGCUUUUAUGGGGUUGAGAUUGCUCUGUAGGGUUGCUUCAGUGCGGGAUUCAGUUUUGGAAAACUAGUACUUUCUUGGAUUUUAAACAUGGAUAAGUGCUUGUGGCCCGAGUUAUAUUUUGGAGUAAAGCUUCCUCAACUUCGUGAUACACGGAAAGUGUAAUGAUUCAUGUUUUAGGAAUGGAAUAUAGACAUUGUUGUUAGAUUGUAUUAGAAGAAUUGUUGAUUGAAAAUAUGUUAGCCAUCAAAUUAUUGAGAUAAUAUUUGUAGAAACAGUUGCUUGAUGUAAUUUGGGAGCAGGAUAUAUUCUGUUGGAGGUGAACUGAACUAGUGAUGAAAAAAGCUGAGAUUCAUCUCUAUUUGGCUGCUUAGCUGCUGAUGCUUAUUUAAGUAUGAAUGGGACUAACCAAUCGAAGUAAGACGUUGUCGGAGCUUGUUCAUAUGAUGAAGUCCUGGAGCCCGGGAAGAUCAGAGCCGGCAUUCAGGGACUUCUGGAUGCCAGAUGACAGUUGCAGAGUUUGUUAUGAUUGUGAUUCACAAUUUACAGUUUUUAACCGCAGACACCAUUGCCGUCUAUGUGGCCGUAUAUUUUGUGCCAAGUGUACCUCAAAUUUUGUGCCAGUAAAUUUUGACGACUCGAGGAAUAUGCAAGAAGAAAGUGAGCGAAGAAUUAGGGUUUGUAACUAUUGCUUUAAACAAUGGGAGCAAGACCUAGCAGCUAGUAGUAUUGCUGCUUCUACCUCCACUCCGGUCCUCAGCCAUUCUCUUUCAGCAGCUAGCUUGACUAGCACCCAGUCAAGUGGGACAGCUAGCAGCGGUGCUACGGGUACUGGUCUGGGGCAAUACUCUCCUGGUGCUUGUCCGAGUACUAAAUAUAGCUCUGGUCGAAGUCUUAGUCCGUUCACUCACAUCGGGCCUGUUCCUGAUAAACAAGAUAUGAUGAUGACGGAAGGAAACAUGGAUUCAGUUGCGGGCAUGGGACAUCCUCCCUCUAAUGACUUCGGCUAUUGCAUGAACAGGAGUGAUGAUGAGGAGGACGAGUAUGAUGGUUGUAAUUCAGAAUCAGGAAGACACCAUUUCCAAACUUCUGCUGAUUAUUUUCAUCCUGUUAAUUUUGAUGAAGUUCACCGUGGUUACUGCUCAAAUGGAGUUCAUCCUGCUGCAGAAUUUAAUGAUUUUGAAGAAAAAUGUACUCCUGCACUUGGUGCUUUGGAGAAGGAUAAGACUGUUGACGAGUUGGGUCAUGAUAAUAACUGUGAGUUUAAUGUUUCAACUGCUAUAUAUAGUAUAGAAAGUACAGAUAAGCAGCCUGUCGAUAUUGAGAACAAUGAGCGGCUUUGGCUUCCUCCUGAGCCUGAAAACGAAGAAGAUGAACGGGAGUCGUCUUUGGUUGAUGAUGAUGAUGGUGAGGACACUUUAGGAGAGUGGGGAUAUCUCCAAUCAAGCAGUUUUGGCAGUGGUGAGUGUCGAACUAGAGAUAGGUCUAGUGAAGAACACAAGAAGGCCAUGAAAAAUGUUGUUGAUGGACAUUUCAGGGCUUUAGUAGCUCAGCUUCUUCAGGUUGAAAAUCUUCCUGUUGGUGAAGGGCCUAACAAGGAUGGAUGGCUGGACAUAAUUACAGCUUUGUCAUGGGAAGCAGCGACUCUGCUUAAGCCCGAUACUAGCAAGGGAGGUGGUAUGGAUCCUGGCGGCUAUGUGAAGGUCAAGUGUGUGGCUUGUGGAUCUCGCAAUGAAAGUAAGGUGGUAAAAGGAGUGGUUUGUAAGAAGAAUGUCGCUCAUCGUCGUAUGGCAUCAAGGGUGGAGAAACCUCGUCUUUUAAUCCUGGGAGGAGCUCUUGAAUACCAACGGGUGACAAAUCUGUUGUCCAGUUUUGAUACAUUGUUGCAGCAGGAAAUGGACCACUUGAAGAUGGCUGUUGCUAAAAUUGAUGCUCAGCAUCCCAAUGUUCUUCUGGUUGAAAAAUCCGUGUCUCGUUAUGCACAAGAUUAUCUUCUUGCAAAGAACAUUUCUCUUGUUUUGAAUAUUAAAAGGCCGCUUUUGGAACGAAUAUCUCGCUGUACUGGUGCUCAGAUUGUUCCUUCAAUUGACCAUCUGUCAUCGUUAAAGCUAGGCCAUUGUGAUUUGUUCCAUGUGGAUAGGUUUGUUGAAGAACAUGGAAGUGCUGGUCAAAAUGGAAACAAAUUAACAAAGACUUUGAUGUUUUUCGAAGGUUGCCGAAAGCCACUUGGCUGUACUGUUCUGCUCAAAGGUGCGAAUGGGGAUGAAUUGAAGAAAGUUAAACACGUUGUCCAAUAUGGAGUUUUUGCAGCCUAUCAUUUGGCUCUUGAAACAUCAUUUUUAGCUGAUGAAGGUGCUUCUUUACCAGAGCUUCCUUUGAAAUCCCCUAUAACUGUUGCACUGCCUGAUAAACCAUCCAAUACAAAUAAAUCUAUCUCUACAAUACCGGGAUAUGUUCAGGUUGCUUCUAAUCUUAUCCAUUCAUCAGUGGAUAUGGGUGGUCAUUCUUUAGAAAGGAGUGGUCAGGUUGAACAGUUCGCAGAAAGAAAAAAAGCAAUGGCUGUUGACUCAUCACCAACAUGCAUAUUAUCAGAACUUCAGAAUAUUAGUUGUCAACCUUGGGGUGCGAUACAGGAAAGCAAAUUGGGCUUGGUUGAUCAUUUUGACGCUACGAAAUUAAGAAAAAAUAUGGAGAUUAUGCACUGUGAUCUUGUUUCCAAAAUCAGCAGUCAUAAUAAUGCUGAAAAUUUGGAGAAAUGCAAAAUUACUUCUAAUGAUACACAAGAAGAUCCAAGAAAACUUUUUGGAGAACAACCAGGUGCUAACAACUUGGCAACUCCACAUCUAGAUAGAAGUGAUGGUGAUGAGCAAGCAUUAUCAAAGGAAGAUUUUUCUCCUUCCUCGGACCACCAGAGCAUUUUGGUUUCACUGACUUCCAGAUGUGUUUGGAAGGGCACUGUUUGUGAACGUGCACAUUUAUUUCGAAUCAAGUACUAUGGCACCUUUGACAAACCUUUAGGAAGAUUUUUAAGGGAUCAUCUGUUUGACCAGGGUUACCGAUGUCAUUUUUGUGCGAUGCCAUCGGAUGCUCAUGUGCAUUGCUAUACUCAUCGUCAAGGAAGUUUGACGAUAUCUGUUAGAAAGCUUUCAGGGUUCCUUCUCCCUGGUGAGCGUGAUGGAAAAAUUUGGAUGUGGCACAGGUGCCUGUGCUGCCCUCGAAUUGGUGGAUUUCCUCCUACUACUAAAAGAGUUGUGAUGUCUGACGCUGCUUGGGGCUUGUCUUUUGGGAAGUUUUUAGAAUUGAGCUUCUCAAAUCAUGCUGCUGCUAGUAGAGUCGCAAGCUGCGGUCAUUCAUUACACAGGGAUUGCUUGCGCUUCUAUGGAUUUGGAAGGAUGGUUGCUUGCUUCCGUUAUGCACCAAUCCAUCUUCAUUCUGUUUUCCUGCCGCCUCCAAAAUUAGAUUUCGGCUUCCAGCACCAGGAUUGGGUUAAAAAAGAAGCAGAUGAUGUUGCUGAUAAGGCUGAACUUUUAUUCCGUGAGGCACUCAACACACUUUGUCAAUUUGCAGAGAGGAAGCCAAACAAAGAGCCUCUUCUGGGUAAUGAUACAGACCGUAGAUGCAGUAUAGUUGAUUUUGAAGAAAUGCUGAAUAAGGAGAAGGAAGAAUUUGAGAAAUAUUUUCAUAAAGUAGUAAAAAGUGGGGUGAGAAAGGGGGAGCCAGAGAUGGAUAUUCUUGAGAUAAAUAAGCUUAGAAAGCAACUGCUUUUCCUGGCAUUUCUGUGGGAUCAGCGUCUCUUAUUUGCUUCUGGCUCAGAUAAAAACAAUCAUGAAGUGCUUAGUGGCAUGACAAAGAGCAAGGAAAAGAUUAGUUCUAUUGGAAUGCUUGUUGAUUUAAAUAUAGCUCCUAAACUAUUUAGAGGUUCGAAUAGUUUAGAUUCUGUAAAAUAUGAUUCUGUUAAGGGGGCUAUAAAUUUGCUCGACCAUAAUGAAGGAUCUCUUGAGAAUACGGGACAAACUGAUUCAAAUCAUCAAUUAAAAAAAAUCGAUCAUGGCUCUAUUCAUAGUAAAGAGUGCAAAAUCCUUCCUCCACUAAGUAUUAUAUCAAAUAACAAAUUAGAUCCUCCUGAAUCGGGUGUUCUUGUCCAUAGGAUUCUUUCUGAUGGUCACCUUUCUGCUAUGAACGAUUUGUCUGGAAGCUUACACAAAAAAUGGACUGGUGAAGAUAGGUCUCAUUUUUCUGAAAUUAGGUCUAAACUUUCUGAAAGUAGUCUGAUAGACUUAUCUAGUUCAGUUGGAGUGGCAUCUUCAGUCGCAACCCUUGACAGUUCAGAAGAACAGAUAGGAACUGAUGAAAUACAGUCCACUGAAUUUACGAACAGCUUCAGGCUUGAAAGAAAUUCAAGAGAUCUCUCAAACUGGAUUAAAUUGCCAUUUUUGAAUUUCUAUAAUCUGAUGAAUAAGAAUUUGGGAAAAUUUGAUGCCCUUCGUGAUUACAGUCCUGUUCAUGUUUCUUCUUUUAGGGAAUUGGAACAUCAGUGUGGAGCUCGGUUGCUUCUUCCUAAUGGAGCCAAUGGCACUGUUAUUCCAAUUUAUGAUGAUGAACCAACCAGUAUCAUUUCAUAUGCACUUGCUUCAACUGAUUACCAUUUUCAGAUAUCUGAUGCCUGCGAGAAAACAAAGGAUGGAACAGAUUCUUCAGCUCAUUUGUCAUUUUUUGAUGGAAAUGUCCAACCUAUAAAGUCAGUUGAUGAUGCUUCCUCUGAAGUAAUCAAAACGCCUGAAGUUCAUACUUUGACCAAAACUGCAAGCAGAAACUCAUUGGUUGGUGAUCCACUGGCAUUUAGUAAAUCAUUGCAUGCAAGAGUUUGUUUUUCAGAUGAUGGAUCUCUUGGUAAAGUAAAAUACACCGUAACCUGUUACUAUGCAAAACAUUUUGAUAGUUUGAGAAGAAUUUGCUGCCCAUCUGAACUUGAUUUCAUAAGAUCACUCAGCCGUUGCAAGAAGUGGGGAGCACAAGGUGGCAAGAGCAAUGUCUUUUUUGCUAAAUCCUUGGAUGAUAGGUUUAUUGUAAAGCAGGUCACAAAAACAGAGCUGGAAUCGUUUAUCAAAUUUGCUCCAGAGUACUUCAAGUAUCUUUCAGAGUCAAUUGCUACAGGAAGUCCAACUUGCUUGGCCAAGAUCCUUGGAAUCUAUCAGGUUAUAAUUAAGUAUGUAAAAGGAGGAAAAGAAUCUAGGAUGGAUGUGCUGGUUAUGGAGAACCUACUGUUUGGACGAAACAUAACGAAGGUGUAUGACCUUAAGGGAUCCUCACGUUCACGCUACAAUCCAGAUUGCAGCGGCAACAACAAAGUACUCCUAGAUCAGAACUUAAUUGAGACAAUGCCAACCUCCCCCAUUUUUGUUGGAAAUAAAGCCAAGAGGAUAUUGGAAAGAGCUGUUUGGAAUGAUACAUCUUUUCUCGCUUCCAUUGAUGUGAUGGAUUAUUCACUUCUGGUGGGGGUGGAUGAGCAGAACCAUGAACUUGUUCUGGGAAUCAUUGAUUUCAUGCGGCAGUAUACUUGGGACAAACACCUGGAAACAUGGGUUAAAGCUUCAGGUAUACUCGGCGGGCCCAAAAAUGUAUCUCCUACUGUAAUUUCACCCGAACAGUACAAGAAGCGCUUCAGGAAGGCCAUGUCUGCCUAUUUUCUUGUGGUUCCAGAUCAGUGGUCUCCGCCAUCUAUAAUCAGCAGCAAGUCCCAUUCUGACCUCUCUGUAGCCAACAAUCAGGCAAGUGUCUCCCUCGAAUCAUAAGAUGUUCUUUUGUAUAUUCUUUAAUAAGCUGCGAAAUUUCUCACUUGUGCAAAUUCAUAUUAGGCAAAAGAGAAAAGUGUCAAAAUAGUUCUUCGAUUCUUUACGAGUGAGUCAUUUUAGUCCGAGUCUAUAAAAAUAUCAAUUUAGCCGUAGUAAAUUCUUUUAGUAUUGGCUGAAAUAACUUCAAUCUAAAGAGUCGGAGAACUAAUUUGAUAUUCUUAUAGACUUUGGGACUAAAAUGACCCUCAUGUAAACAAUCAAUGGACUAUUUUGAGACUUCAAUCUUAAAGAAGAUGAGUUUCGUUUCUU